UGGAUGCAGCGGUCGCAAUGUAUUCUCUGCGCCCGUGUGUAUUUAUGGAAACUGCCUGUCAAUAAAUAUCAUUAUUGUAUUGAGCGUUACCCGACGGUGUCUGUUUCCCUAUGUUCGACGCCUUUGAGCCAAGGCGUUCGUGACACUAGCAUGUGAGGAAGCAUUCUGGAUAUCAAAUAUAGGCAAAUCCCGGUCAGAAUAAAUUUGGAUGGUUAAUGCGUUUGAUUUAAGAAUCACACCUUAAGCCUUGGUAAUAUUCUGGAGCCAGCCAUUGCACAAGGGUCGCAUCAAAGAUUUCAGAUUAUUAACAAAGCUGAUAGAACUCAACAAAGGUAGGACAAAACACUUGGUGACCUCCAAACAGAUCUAUACUUUUAUUGAGCGUGUAUAUGUUCUACUUGUAUGUACAUAUUAAUUUCUAGUUGUGUGUACUGGUCAUACUGUAUGCAAUGUAGGCUGAUGCAGUUUUUGUUGUACAUUUUUAAUGCUAAAGGUGUCAACUGAUGAAGUGAAAUGUUGUGUUUUUGUUACAGGAUGCAGGAGACCAUACUGCUCUUCUGUCUUUCAGGGCUCUUCCUGGGCCACCAUGCCUUGCCUCCUAUCAAAUCCUACUACUAUGUGGACCAGAAGCUGAGCUGGACCGAUGCUCAGCAACACUGCAGGGAGCAGAAUGGGGACCUGGCCACCGUAGACAACGUAGCGGACCUCCAGCACCUGCAAGAGUCCAGAACGGGCUUUAUUUACGACGACGACUUCAUCUGGAUCGGACUUUAUGAUGACCGCACCCGUUGGAAGUGGUCCCUCGGAGACCAGGACUACAAAGUUGGCCAAAACUAUGGAACGUGGAGUGGUACUGACCCAGACUUCUGGAAUAACGAAGAGAAUUGUACAGGCUUGUCCUCCACAGGAAUCUGGUUCGAUAUAUCAUGCUACAGUCUUUAUGGUGCAGUUUGCUUUGAUGAUGAAGAGUCCAACUACACCGUGGUCCAAAACCCAAUGACUUGGUACGAGGCGUUGCAAUACUGCCGGUCUAACUACACUGACCUGGCCAUUGUGCCCAACGCGGCUGAGAGUGGAAAAGUAUUGGCACUUAAUCAAUCAGAUGCAUGGAUUGGUCUCCACAGAUAUCCUUGGUCCCUCUGGUCUGACGGAAGUAGUGCCACUUUCUUGAAUUGGGGACCAGGCGAACCAAACAACCAUGGAGGCCCCGUUGCUCCACGUUGUGUCAAAAUGUCGGUCAGCUCAGGGCAUUUUCUUGAUGAGGAAUGUGGCCUCUUGUGUAACUUCGCCUGCCAGGGAAAUCUUAGGCAACGCUCAACCUUCAAGAUCAAGAUCAGCUCUGAAGCAGACAUGACGGAUCCUGAGGUGGGACGGCAGAUUUUGGAACAGGUACGGUGCCGAAUUAAUACUAUUCAGUCAAAUAUGAUAUACUUAUAGUUUGGUUUUAUGAAAACAAUUUAUAAGUUUUAAUUUAAGGUGUAGGCCGACUCCUGUGAUAUAGGAACCACUUCAAUGUAAUAUAUUUAUAAACUCUUUGUAACUUAACCCACUUACACUAACAUGCCAAAUUCAAACAUGAAUAUAGUAACAUUGAAACCAUGAACACAGUUGGGUUAAAAAUGUAAAUAGAUA